AUGCUUCGCUCUUGGCUGGUUCACAGUUCAAUUCUGCUGUCGUUUCUAGGCCAAACCUCAGCCACCUUUGAGGAGUGUAAAAAAGGACUAGUUUACCGCGGCGACUGGCGCAGUCCUCAACAAGUCUUCAAAUCAGGGUUUUCUGAUGGAAAGAAUCCAUACACGCCAUCGAAUGACCAGAUCGACUUGACGUACGUGUCGGUGGCAAAAUCCGUACCACAUGCUAAAGAAUACGCCAAGAGUCAUAAACCUAGCCUUCAACUAUGUUCCUAUGUUUACCGCAUCAAUGUCGAGGGGCUCGACUGCGUUCCAUUCGGCAUAGUCAAGUCCAUGUACAAAAGGAGACGCAUUCCGAACAAUUUCCCGGACGAGCAGGGACACGCAAUAAUAGACAGUCUCCCUUGGAGUAACGUGGAGGGAUGGAUCCAGGUUUGCCCGUUCGCCAAGUAUCACGAGCGGAGGUGGGUUGCAAACCCGGACAAGGAAAAAGGGUCAAAAUUCGAUGCCUUGAGACUACCUGCCGCGCAAUCGACAGCUGCGCAACCGGCAUGA